UGCACAGAUUUAUUCUGUUAUUUUAGCAUUAAGGAAGAUCUCUGACAUCAGAAUGCCUCACAUCACCAGUGUUCAUUCUUGAUAAAUAGCAGUGAGGAAAUCAUUUAUGUUUUGUAAGUGCAAGUGACUUCCUGUGGCUACAUUCCUUUGGUGUUGAAUCUCGCUUCUUGUUUUAAUGUAUCCAUCACCUCGUCAAAUUGCCCGUAUAACCGGAGAUUCAUAAAUUUCCCACUAGAGCAGUUCUGAAUGGUAAACUCUGUCCACAGUGGGGUGAAAACUAAGCAGGAAGCCAAACAGAACAGAAAACGCUCUGAGAUACUCGUGAAAGAUGGAGCCACUAUCUUCAUUUGACUCUGCACUGAAGACAAAUUUCUUUGGAGUUGUCAACAACUACUGUCAAAAAGCAAAGCAAAUCCUUAAUUUCAUUGAAGUGGAAAUGUCUGGUCCUCCACAUAACCCUCAAGGAGCAAAGAUUACUGACGCAAAGUGGACAUAUUUGCACUGGGGCUGAUAUAUUCUGAGCUCCUUUGGAAGCUCUCUUCUGGACAUGAAAGAGGGAAGAACCAAAUAAUUCUGUCAAUGUUGAGUGAGAAGCCAGAAGAUUGACCUGAAGCAAUGUUCUUCUUAAGAGCACCUCAGAGUGGUGACAGGGGUCUAUCUAUUUUUAAAUCAUAAAAAGAAUCCCUUCCUCCUCUAAAAUAGCUUUGAUGUAACCCUACGCUGUUGCUUUCUCUACAAUGUGCUGAUAUAUGAAGUCUCUGGCUCUAUCUCCAUCUCACUGCAGUUUGAGCACACCGGCUCACCUACUACUCUGCUUAAAUGUUGUAAAACUGCUCUGAGCUCCACAGUGGCAGGAUGGACUUCUUAGAUUUGUUUCAAGCCCUGAAAGUAUGAAUCCAUGUUUUUCAGACUGUCAUCAAUUCGCUGCAGGUUUAAGGUGGAAUACUUGGCAAUUGUGCUGACUGCUUAUUUCACACAUUUCUCACUCAUUUUACCGUUGGGCUCCUUAAAAUGUGACUUAAGCAUUGAUUCGUCUUUGUCUGCCUUUGCUCUAAGAAAUCUUGUGCAACAUUUUACAUUUUAUUCUGUGCUGGAAAUAGUCAUGUGUUUAUACGGAUGUCAUUAUGAGCUUUGCUUUGUAAUUUUUUGGCUGGGUUGAAGAAUAAAACAAUCAACCACCAGGGUGUAACUGUCAUUUGUCUUGUAAAUACUGUUGUGCAAGUUUGAAUUUCAGUCGGUGCUGGAGGCUUUGAAGCACUUUACUGAUGAUCUGCUUCGUUUUUACUUUUAAAUAGUCUUUCAAAAAUAUUAGCUAAUUCCAAAAAAAAUCACCAUCAUGAAGCAAAUGGUUGUACUGGAUGAGUUUGCCAUUAUUUCUUAAAACAGUAAUUGCAAGGCAACCCUGUUAACAUGAAGAUGUAGGAUUUAUGAUGUGCCAGAUGAGCAGUUCAUCACAUUGGUAGUACAGAAACAGACCGCAGUUCACACUUCAUUGCAGGUCAAACAUUCAAAACAAGCAAACAUUUUUGAUUGGAAUGCACUUGGUUUGGUUAGUGCUAGUUAAAAGUGCAUGUUUAAUGGUAUAAUACUUCAUGUGCAUAUUUUAGUGCAUUCACGUGUGUGUUUGUCUGGAGGGGGGAGACUUUUUUUUGUUUGUCAGACUAUACUGAUAAAACUUGGGGACAUUUCUGGAGCAAAUGAUUUAUUUUUGAUCCUGCACAGAUGUGUUAUUAUUAUUUUAGCAUUACAGAGGAUCUCUGGCAUUUAAAUUCUUCCUGGCAUCACCGGGCAAACUCAGAAAAGAAGUGAUCUAUAUUCUGUGGGUUCAAGCACCUGCUAUAUGUGUGAUAUCUUAUUGACGUUAAACACAUAAUUGCUGAUGACAUCAGGGGGAUAUUGCAGCACUGUGUCAUUUGCCCGAAAGUAGCCCCGGUGACUUUCUGUGGAUGAAGUUCCGCCUUCAUAUGUGUCGUGUACACUGAAGGCGUGGACAUGACAUUAACAAGGAGAAAUCGAAACUUAAAGUAGGAAAAGGCACCUGAAUGAUGGCGCCUACAGUCACAGAAACGUGAAAGUAAUGACUACGGGAAAAAGAUAAAUGUUUGGCACUUUGUUGUCGCAGCUUUUUAAACUGAAGUUUCACUGCUUCGUCGUUUACGAUGGGAUACAUAGUGGGAGCUGAAAUGUGAGGAACUUAGUUGUGGAGACCUGGACCACGACGAAACAGCAGUCCUGAAAGGUAAACUGUGCCCGCAGUGGGGUGAAGACUAACCAGGAAGCCAAACGGUGAUACUCGUCAGAGAUGGCACAAGCUCCACUUGACUCUGUUGAAAAUCUAACACAGCAGCUUCUUCAGACAAGUACAUCUGAUACCAACUAUGUGACCAGCCUCAAUACUUAUUGUCAGAAGAGGAAGAUCACCAUUAAACCUCAGGAGUCAAUAUGUCUUAUGACGUUUAGAAAAUGCUGUACCUUUAUAGUUGAUGGUAAGACGUAUCCAACUGGCUAUGGGAUCUCAAAGAAGGAAGCUAAGGAGGAAGCAGCCAAGCUCGCAUGUCAGAGUUUGGGUAUCACAGACCAAAGACGGACAAAUUUCAUUGGAAUUGUGAACCACUACUGUCAAAAAACAAAACGAAUCCUUAAUUUCAUUGAGGUGGAUAGGUCUGGUCCUCCACACAAUCCCCAAUUUACCUACAAAUUAGUGAUCAACAAUAAGGAUUACCCUGAGGGGAAAGGAAAAAAUAUCGAUGAAGCCAAACGAAAGGCAGCUCAGCUGGCCUGGGCUGCUCUUCAGGAACAGUCAGACUGGGACAGCAAGGUGUCCCUCAGGUCAACCAUGUCCGAAGACGGUGCAGCAACAAUGUCGUCACCAACAGCUAAUCUGGAAUCCCUUAAGGCAUCCUCACAAAUCCUGCAAAGAAGCACAAGUGAUUCGGUAGCAUUGACAGAUUCAUUGGACACUCCUAAGACACAGGUGUCUCUCAGGUCAGCUGUGUCUGUAGACAGUCCACCAUCCAUUUUGUCAACUCCAUCUUCAUUGGAGUCUGUUGAAGCAUCGUCACAAAGCAUGCAAACGUCUACAAGUGACUCCGUAUUGUUCACAGAUUCAUCUCAUCGAUCCAAGGAUCAGGAUGCUGUUAAAAACAAAAACACAGACAACAAACAAAGUGAGACAUCAGCUCUGUCACGGUUUUCUUCAGACUUUGAUUCCAUGGAAUGUCUCGCUAAAGGGGGCUUUGGACAUGUUUAUAAAGCAAGAGAGAAACUGGUGGACAAAUAUUACGCUGUAAAGAUUGUUCGCUAUAAAGAGAAAGCUCUACGAGAGGUGACAGCAUUAGGUGAAAUCUCUCACGAUAAUAUUGUUCGAUACUACAAUUGUUGGAUAGAUGAUUCAGAACCCCAGUGGGACAUCACAACUGAGACUUCCACCAGUUCACAGUCCUCCAGUGAGUUGUCACCAAAGUACCUCUAUAUUAAAAUGGAGCUGUGUGACACCAAAACACUCAAAGACUGGAUAAAUAAGAAGAAUGAGGAGAGUCUGCAGGAGACCAAGAGAAGGGCAGAAAGUUUACAUCUUGCACAGCAAAUAAUCAGUGGAGUUGAGUACAUUCACUCCAAGAAGGUCGUCCACAGAGACCUGAAGCCUGCCAACAUCAUGUUUGGAAAAGAUGGAAAAGUAAAGAUUGGAGACUUCGGUCUGGCCACUGCUGAGAAUGAUGAUGACAACGACAAACAGAUGGAGAGAUCAGGCAGAGCAGGAACCAGAUCUUACAUGGCUCCUGAACAAAGGAGCAAAGAUUAUGGCCGCAAAGUGGACAUAUUUGCGCUGGGGCUGAUAUAUUUUGAGCUCCUUUGGAAGCUCUCUUCUGGACAUGAAAGAGGAAAGGUGAGUCAGUAUUGAAUGUAACAGUCUGCUUUAAAUUUUAUAAAGG